AUGCUGGGUGAUACAAAAGGCGAUAUUACUUCUGUCAAGGUUAUAUGAAUGGCCAAUUUACGUUGAUGAAGAAGAUUAUGAUAUAUUCGCGUGUAAUCAGAUUCGAUGUUUUCUUAAGCUUUCAAUAUUGAUUUGAUAUUAAGAUGCAAGGCUUUGAAUAAUGACAAUUCGUCAUUGUUUAAUAGCCUAAGUGUUUGGAUAUUUUCAUGUAUAAACGACUGGAAGAGGAGAUUUUACUUUUGGAACAGGAAAUGGUUCGAUUUCUUUGUUAUUACAGCGACAAAAUCAUCCCAGAUCUCGCCUCCUGUUUGGAUUCAUUAGGUAAAGGUAUACUGUAUAUAUAAAGGUAUACUGUAUAUUAGCAGACUGCAGGCAUAGGAACAGAACAGAGUUUCAUAAAGAGUUCAGUUAGACUCGUAGUCUAAGAGUCCUGUUAGAGUCGUGAAUCUUCUUCAUUCUUGUUCAGAAGACGUACCAACAGUGGAUAUGGACGAGAACAUGCUGUUUUUUACCGUUUUGGAAUUACUGUGUCAAUGA